UCUCUGAGCCUGAGCUUCCUGCUGUGGAGCGACGAGAGCCGAGCCUCCCUGGUCCGGGCUGUGUGACAGCAGGAUGAGCCGAGAGCUGGCUGGUAGCAGCCCCUCGUCGGGGGCCUCGCCCCCUUCCCAGCUGAGUUUCGUGACCCUGGAGGACCUGGGGCUCCUCCUGGAGAAGGGGUUGGCCAGCCCCGAGCCCCUGAGUCUGGAGGAGAUCUCAGGGAGGUGUGAGUCCAGCCGCCUGGCGUCCACUGCCUCCGUCCCGGAGCAGGACACCCCUAAGCACUGGAAGCAGCUGGAGCAGUGGGUGGCUGACCUGCAGGCCGAGGUGGCUUCCCUCCGGGGGCACAAGGACCGCUGUGAGUGCGCCACGCUGAGUCUGCUGCGGGAGCUGCUCCAGGUGCGUGCCUGCGUGCAGCUGCAGGACUCAGAGCUGAAGAGGCUGCAGCAGGAGAGACAGCAGGCGGCUUGUGGCCCUGAGAAGGAGGCCUGUGAGCUCCCCAGCCUCCAGAACCAGAUGCAGGCCCUGGACAAGAGGCUGGUGGACGUCCGGGAGGCCCUGACCCAGAUCAGGAGGAAGCAGGCGCUCCAGGACUCUGAGCGGAAGAGUGCCGAGCAGGAGGCCAACCUGAGGUUGGCCAAGCUGACCGGGAAGCUGGAGCAGGAGGAGCAGGAUCGGGAGGUGGCCUGCGGUGCCCUGCAGAAGAGCCAGGAGGAGGCCAGCCAGAGGGUGGACCAUGAGGUGGCCAAGAUGCAGGCCCAGGUGACCAAGCUUGGCGAGGAGAUGAGCCUCCGCUUCCUCAAGAGGGAGGCCAAGCUGUGCGGCUUCCUGCAGAAGAGCUUCCUGGCCCUCGAGAAGAGAAUGAAGGCCUCGGAGAGCGCCCGGCUGAAGGCGGAGAGUGGCCUGCGGGAGGAGCUGGAGAGCAGGUGGCAGAAGCUCCAGGAGCUGGACGAGGAGCGAGCACAGGCCCUGUGGGGGCAGUGCAAGCAGGAAGAGUGCCACCUCCUGGAGCAGUGCCGGGGCCUGGACAAGGCUGUGGUCCAGCUGACCAAAUUCGUGCAGCAGAACCAGGUGUCACUGAACCGCGUCCUGCUGGCUGAGCAGAAGGCCCGGGACGCCAAGGAGCACUUGGAGGAGAGCCAGGCCAGGCAGCUGGCCUCCUACCUGCAGGAGAACCUGGAGGCCAUGCAGCUGGCUAGCGAGCUGGCCCAGCAGGAGACACACAGCGCACUGGAGCUGCUCCAAGAGAAGAGUCGGGCCCUGGAGGUGUCCCUGGCCGAGCUGGUCAGGCAGGGGAAGGACCUGAGCGACCACUUCCUGGCCCUGAGCUGGAGGCUGGACCUGCAGGAGCAGACGCUGAGCCUGAGGCUACGCGAGGCAAAGAAUGAGUGGGAAGGUGCAGAGCGGAAAUCGCUGGAGGGACUGGCCCGGUGUCUAACAGAGGCCGAGGCGCACCUGAGGGAGGUGCGGGAGAAAGUGGACAGCCUGCCUCGACAGAUAGAGGCCGUCUCUGACAAGUGUGUCCUUCACAAGAGCGACUCAGACCUCAAGAUCUCUGCGGAGGCCAAAGCCAGAGAGUUCGAGCUCGGGGCUGUGCGGCAGGAGCUGGCCACUCUGCUGUCGUCUGUGCAGCUGCUCAGGAAGGGCAACCCCGGGCGGAAGAUCGCUGAGAUCCAGGGCAAGCUGACCACGUUUCAGAACCAAAUAAUUAAAUUGGAAGACAGCAUCCGGGACAACAAGGCCGUCCAGAACCUCAGAUUUAAUACAGAAACCAAGCUGCGCACAGAGGAGAUGGCCACCCUGCGGGAGAGCAUGAUGCGCCUGUGGAGUGAGGAGGGCCCGUGGGCCCUGACGCUGGGUAGCAGGAGGGUCCUCAUGUCCCUGGUGAGGCAGCGCUUCUUCAUCAAGGACGUGGCCGCUGGCGAGGUGGUCCCUGUGAACUGCUGGGGCGUGUACCAGGCCGUGAGGUGGCUGCAGUGGAAGGCAGUCUUCAUGAACCUGAUGGCCCAGCGGAGGCCAAGAGCCGUCUCGGAGAAGUCCCUUGGCCAGGAGCCUGCCCACUGCCUCCUGUCCUUGCCCCUUUCCCAGAAAUAAACGUGCCAGCUCCUGCUCUUG